UCACUGAGAGGUGAAAUGGCACAGCGAGGAAAUCAGAUCAACCAAGAAAUAAUCUGUUGUACGAUCUGUCUGGAUCUACUGAAGCACCCGGUGACCAUUCCCUGCGGACACAGCUACUGCAUGGACUGUAUUCAAAGCUCCUGCGAUGGAAAGCUAUACAGCUGCCCUCAGUGUAGAAAGAGCUUCACACCGAGGCCUGUCCUGCUGAAAAACACCAUGUUAGCAGCUUUAGUGGAGGAGCUGAAGAAGACUGGACGCCAACCUGCUCCUGCUGAUCACGGCUAUGCUGGAGCUGAAGAUGUCUGCACUGGGAGGAAACUGAGAGCCUGGGGCAGUCGUUCCCAUUUGUCCCAUGAUAUGUCCGUCACCACGCGGCUUGAUGACGUCUCUUCUUCUCCAGCCAACAUGGUGAAGAAACAACGUGGGGUAACAUCUUCGUCUCUAAAGAUGGAGAAACACUCGAAUAACUUCAAUUUGAUACUGGAGUCCAGCGACGAUGAGGCUCCAGAAGAAGUGACGUUUGAAGACUCAAAGGCUCAGGCUCUGAAGAGCAUGAAGCUCGCGCUGGACACCGCGAGGAGGGACAAAGAGCUGCUGAAAGAGAAGAGGAAGAAGAGACAGGAAUUAUUCCAGGAACAGAAGAAAAGGAAGCUCUUACCGGCCGCCGUGUUGGAGGAGAUCGACUCAAAGAAGCAGAAACCGUCUGAAGACGAAGCUGAAGACGAGCAGCAGGAAGAAGGAGGAGAGGAGACGAAGAAGAGGAAGAAGAAGAGUGGGAAACUUGCUAAUGCCAGAAAUCUGAAGGGGAAGUACACGGUGCAGACGGUGAAGCACGGAGCGUCCGAGGCGUCUCAGCGUCAGACAGCUGAGGACUUCCUGCAGAGCAGACUCUAUGGAGCCGGGAGCUGCCGGACCACAAGCAACGAGCUGCUGUCCCUGGAGAACAAGAAGGGGAGGAACAAAAGUGCAGCGGUGACGUUUGUCAAUAAAGACUGGGCCUGCAGUGAGAAAGCCAAAGCAGAGAAGCUGAAGAAGAGAUGGAUCCACAAGCAGCAGAUCCCCUGCUGACGACAUCACGUCCACCAGAGGAGCCUUUACGGUGAAUUGAACGCACGGAAACCUGGAGGAAGACGUCAGGAGAGGCGGUGGACGGACUGAUGUUGACUUAUGGGAUUUGCAACAACUCAAAUAGAGAUUCAAGAUGCAUCUGUUCGAAAUGAUGUAACAUCAAAUAUCAUGUCUGUUCGUACAUCUCUUUCCAUCGUGUGAAUAUAUUGUAGGGUUGACUAUUGUUUUUGAUUAAUGAACAGUCUGGUACAGUUUGUAACCUUACUUUACUUUAAUGCAGCCGAUACGACCAGGAAAAUAAUCUUAAUCUGUUCCGAUAUCACAAGUCUAACAGGAUAUCUAAAUGUAAUUCGCCGUCUAGCCCUGACUCACGGGAAAAGAAACGGGAACAUUUGCAGCAGAUCGUUUUUGGUAUUUUUCAAAACGUUGUUUCUGAACUGAGACGUUUCUACAUCGGUUCAUUAAAGAGCAGGACGUGUGGAUUCACAGGUAGACUUCCCACCUGUAGAUCACAUGACCUGCUCUUCGUUUUCUGUACCAUGUGUUUCAUUAAAAGCUUGUUAUUUCUGUAAAUAUGUUUGAAAGACUGAGAUGUGAUUAAAAGCUCAGAGAAAAAUGAGUUGAGACUUUUUAUGCUCUACAAUAAAACAGUUUCUCUAAGA